CUUUUCUGUUGUGUGCUUUUUCUGUGAAUCAAGUGAAUUCUGCCUGGAAGUCGUAGUCCCUUGCAUUGAAACACCUGUUCCCUCUCUGUGAAAUGUUCGCGUUCAAUCUCGCGUUUAUCCAUAUGGCCCAUCACUGUCGGAACAAAGAAUCAUGGCAGCAAGGAGGAAAAGGGAAGAAAAAGAGCAGUUCUUUAGAGAUCUAGCUCGCCUUGACGACUACAUCCGCGAAGACAAUGAUAAUGACCUUUACGAACAGACCUCGUCCCUUCCGCAACAACGCGCUGUCGCUGUCAUGCAAAGAGCGGCACCGCCCAACAUGAACGCGCCACCCACGGCGACGAUUGUUAUUCCAUCUCAUGAAUCAGGAAACUCUCAACCUUCCCUCAAUAAUAACAUCGUUGAGAUAUCGCGGUCAGAGUUUACCAGUCACAAUGCCCUUAAACGCAAACGUCCUUCUUCCAGAGGGCUGUCUGUACCAGCAAACGCAAGGACAUCCACUGCGCCUGAAGCUGUCCCAGCUUCCUCUCCUCCAAUUCCAACCACAAAAAGCACAUUGCCAAUCGUCAGCUCUUUGAGACGAACUCUAUCGGACCAGGGGUCAAUUGUACCAAAGCUUCGAAAGGGAGACAAGAAGUUGGAGCGUAUACCUCUGGAAAAACAGAUCUUUCAUGGACUGACCUUGUUCUUUGUCCCUCCUACCGAUGACAAUCCAGUUCGUCGAUUCCGAAUUCGCAAGAGCAUUCAGUAUGGAGCAACUUGGGCAAAUAUGUGGACGGACGAGGCCACCCAUAUCAUUGUCUGCGACGACCUGAAUGCUGAAAAAGUGAAGCGGUACUUCAAAGACGGAAAAAUACCGACUGGUCCAACUGUCCUUCGGGAUCAGUGGCUCGUGGAGAGCAUCAAGUCGAGAUUCCUUCGGGAGACACGUUGGUGGAGAUUCCAAGUGGAUGGGUUGGAUACUCCUGACCACCGAGCCCAGGAUGUUGUAAUGUCAAGUGAACUUGGAAGGGCUGCUUGCUCUCUGGACGAUUCUCAGUCCGAACUCGCCCCUGAUUCUCCGUUUGUACCAAAAGAUGCCCAAGGACAGCCUCCAGCAAUGUCCGAUGAUCUCAUGAAAGCGGUCAAAGACGUGCAGGAUCUAGAGCAUCUCGAGUUCAGCCCAAGCUUCGAGAACACUUCUACAGGUGCAGACAAGUCUAGCCAAGAUGAUCCCGCAUUGGAGCUACUCCUUGCAAACGACAAAGUGGCGACAGAAAAUAAAGGGUUUCAGUGCAUGGAGAAGCAUGACGGCGACCCCAAUGACAACAAUCCUAAUUCUCGGACGAUUGAAAUUCUGCAGCAAAUGGCGACCUAUUAUGACCGCAUUGGAGAUCAUUGGCGCACAACGGCGUAUCGGAAAGCCAUGUCAGCUCUCCGGAAACAGAAGCAGCUGAUUCGAACCAAGCAGGAAGCGCUGGCUAUUCCAUUGAUUGGAAAACGUUUGGCAGAAAAGAUCGAGGAAAUCGUAGCCACUGAUCGACUCCGUCGCUUGGAAGAGACCCAAAAGGACCCACACGACCAAGUUCUGCAAUUGUUCAUGGGCAUCUAUGGGGUGGGAUAUCCCACAGCUUCUCGAUGGAUCGCCCAGGGCCAUCGCACUCUGGAUGAUCUGCGAUGCAAGGCAGAUCUUACUUACAGCCAGCGCGUUGGUGUAGACCACUAUGAAGAUUUUCUUCAACGAAUACCCCGAGCAGAAGUCGCAAAGCAUGGCGAGAUCGUCCAGAAAGCCCUGGAACUGGCGGACCCAGAGACGCAUGUCAUUAUCGGCGGAUCAUAUCGCAGGGGGGCUUCUGAUUCUGGGGACAUUGACCUCAUCAUCACCAAAGAAGCUGGGACUCUCGAGCACAUACGUACACUGCUCGUUGAUGUGGUCAUCCCAAGACUGACAGACCAAGGGUUCCUGAAAGCAGCACUUGCCACUGGCGGGCGAGCAGAAACAUCAUCGAAGUGGCAUGGGGUGUCGGCUUUGCCAGAGCCAGGGACCUGGCGCCGCAUUGACUUUCUCUUCGUCCCUUGGAGCGAGUUGGGCGCUGCACUAAUCUAUUUCACUGGUAAUGACAUCUUCAACAGAAGCUUGAGGCUGCUUGCGAGUCGGAAGAAGAUGAGACUCAAUCAGCAUGGUCUCUACGCAGAUGUCUUGCGUGGCCGUGGAAGGGAGAAAGUCACAGAGGGAAACUUAAUCGAGAGCCAUGACGAGAGGCGUAUCUUUGGGAUACUUGGAGUUCCUUAUCGGCCACCGGAACAUCGACAAUGCUAG